AUGAACGUGCCCCGGGAGCUCUUCCCGCUUCCUCUUCCAUUUCCUGAUUCCAGUGGCAACGACUUCUUGGACAGCUCGGCCGCUUGCCGCGCGGUCCGUCGACGCGCCAACGCGAGUAUUAAUUGGCGUUUCGAGACGACGAGGAGCCUCAACCGCAUGCACGGCUGCUCGGACUUCGAAUCGACGGUCUUCAAGCCGUCGGUCGGCCAGCUGAAGAUUUUGGAGCGGAUCUCCGAUCUGGUGGCAUCAGCUGGCCCUCCGUCUUGCACUUCCGCGGAAGCCUUUCAUGAGCUUUGCGGCGCCCGAGCGGGACCUGGUUACGACCUGGUCGACGCCCCGAGGGCGAGGUACCAGCCAGGGUUGGUCUCGUUGCCUGAUGAGGGUGGCCUGACCGACGGCAGUGCUUGUUUACGUGGUGCUGCGCGUGACUUCUGGUGCCGAUGGCAGGAACUCCUCUUGGCGAAGGAGCCGGCCUCUGAUGACAGUGUCCCCGAGAAGCCUCAUUCGGACUCUGCCUUAAUUCACAGUAAGUGGGAGUACGCUAGAUUUUGCUCAUCGUUGUUCAGCGCGAAUCUGUUGGAGGUUGGUGACUAUGAGGAGCCGACCGUCGGAGUCUUCUUUGUGUUGAAGAAGGAUCGCUCUCUUAGACUUAUCCUGGACACUCGGUGCGUCAACAGCCUUUUUGUGAAGCCGAAGCACACGCACCUACCAUCGCCAGCGGCGUGGGCCGCCGUCCGCACCAGGGCUGACGCCCCUCUCUACCUCGCUCAGAUGGACGUCAACAACGCCUUCUUCAGAGUGCGCACACCUCCUGAGCUCAGUAAGUUCUUUCGGCUGCCGCCUGUCGACGUUGACGCCUUGCGUGCAGUGAAUCCUACUGCUGCCCAGGGCAUCUCGGGCAGGAGGGCCACCCCGCGCCUAUGCGUGCUUGCUAUGGGCUGGUCUUGGUCGUUGUACUUCUGUCAGGAGAUGGUGAGCACGGCCACAAUGUCCGCUGGUUUCGUGGACUCGGAUAUGCUGCUGGACAAGCGCGAGAGCCCCAACUUUCGGGAGCUCGAGCUGAGCACCACCAAGGACAAGUCCAGCGUCGACAACCAGAGCCAGGAGGUCCUCUCGGCUCUAGAGCGCGCGGGGCUAGCCUGUAAGGGCGUCGAACUCGCGGGCGGCCAGCAGGAGUUCACUGGCCUUGUGAUAGACUCUACCUCAGGCACCAUUUCGGUCACCCCGAAGCGCUUGUGGCGCGACCGUCUGGCCUGCCUGCACGCGCUGGGCCUUGGUCGCCUGACGGGGAAGGAGCUCCAGCUGCUGGUGGCUCAUUUCACUUGGGCUGGUCUGAUGAGAAGGGAGCUCCUCUCGCUGCCUCAUGCCUGCUACCGUUUCAUCGAGGAGGCAGGCGAGUCCAGGUGGAAGCUGUGGAACUCUGCGAGGGCAGAACUUCGCAUGAUGUGUUCAUUGAUCGUGUUCGCCUCUACCGACACACGGCGACCUUGCAGCCCUGUGAUCACCGCUACCGAUGCAUCCACUGGGGAGGACGGCGCCGACUUCGGCGGUUUCGGCGUGGUGCAGCGUGAGGUCUCUGUGGCCGAGGCUAGCCGCGCCUGCCGCAUUGCCGAGGGGUGGCGCUUCUUGGUGGAGGACGCUGUGGCGGCUCGCCGUCACGCACUGGAGGCUUACGGGGUCGCCGUGACCGCUAGUGCUCUCGAUGGGGAGAAGAUCGACGACACCAACUCGGAGGAGGGCUUGCCCAUUGGCGGUCGCAUCUUCGAGGAGAUCCCCCUCGACCUUGCCGGGCAGCAGGAUGACUGGCAGUUGCGAGUUCGUGGCGCCCCGAGCCAGGCCCGCCCAGUCGAGCCGCUGCCGGUGGACAUGGCGAUGCCGGACGGCGCGCCAGCGCGCAAGCGCCGACGCCAGCGGCGGCGGGCGGCGCACCUCGAGAGCGCCCACCUCUGCAGAGAGCAGGGCGCCUUCUUCCUGGAGGUCAGCACCGUGCGCGGCGCAACAGCGGAUCUCUACGACACCUACCUGGCCACCUUCGAGAGCUGGGCGGGCGUCGGCGUCCGCGAGAUGAUGGACGGAGAGCUGGACACCUCCCUCCUGGACUACUGGGAGCACCUCUACUUCGAGGGCGAGAAUCACCCCACGGCCUCCAAGCUUCUGGCCGCGCUAGAGUACAGGUACCCGCAGCUCCGAAAGGGUUGCCCGGCCGCCCCCACUCGCGCUCGCCAUGCGCUGAGGGGCUUUCGCCGGCUGGCGCCAGGCCGCAGCCGGGCUCCGCUCCCAUUUGUCGCACUGAUGGCGAUGAUCGGCGCAGCUCUCUCCCAGGGCCUGAAGGAUCUGGGCCUCGCCCUCUUCAUCUGUUUCAUCGGUUACCUCAGGCCUUCGGAGCUGAUCAAGCUAAAGGGCCCGCAGUUGGUUGCACCAGUUGCAGGCUCAGCGACACGGCAUUGGAUGCUGCUGCUGUCGCCGGCAGAGGAGAACGUCGGGAGCAAGACCCGCGAGUUCGACGAGAGCGCGGCCCUGGACUGGGACAUCAUCGAGGAGAUCGCGCCGAGGCUGAACGAGCUGAAGCGCAGGGCCGGCCAGGGGAACCUUUGGAACUUCACGCAGCUUCAGUUCGCGGAGCACUUUCGGACUCUGGCGGAGCUCAGCGGGGUGUCGGUGCUUCGCCCACAUCCUUACUGUCUGCGCCACGGAGGCGCAAGCUUCGACAGCCUCACAAAGCGUCGGACCCCAGAGCAAAUCAAGCGUCGCGGGCGCUGGAAGGCCGAUGCCAGCGUCAGCCGGUACAGCAAGCACGCGCGGGUAGCCAACGAGGCCACGAAGCUGCCGCUCGCCGUGCGCCGCUACGGCAACAUCAUCCAUCAGGACCUGGCGGCCUUCCUCUGGGGCGUGCGGUUGCCCCCGGAGCCCCCCACUCUACCGCUGCAGCGCGCCCUCGUGCCGCAGCUGUGACCUCGAGGCAGAUCCGUGCACGGCUCAAUUCACACCUUCGAUAUGCUAAACGACACGCUGGCUCGGCAACUGUAUAUCUGGACCUGUUCUCUGGUUCGGGCCGUGCCGCCAGAUACUUUGAAAGCAUCGGGGGAGUGGGAUGCAUGAGGUUCGAUUUGCUGCGGGGGCCUGAGUUCGACGUUACGAAUCGCACCGUGCAGCAGAUCGUCUUCGGGUGGAUCAGGAGCAAGCAGAUCCGCGGAAUUAUCGGUGGGUUUCCGUGUACUACUUGGUCGCGUGCUAGGCGC